GAAAUGACGGAGCUGCAUCAGGCAGCAGCGACGGGGGAUAUCGAUCUGGCCGAGGAACUUCUGAGGAAGAAUGAAUGCGAUCCCAAUCAGAGAGACAUUGACUGGAACUGCAAGACCCCGCUUCACUGGGCUGCUGCUAAAGGGCAUGUUCAGAUGGUCAGAGUCCUCAUUGAGAACGGGGCCAGAGCAUGCAUGAGAACAGAUAGCGGAUGGACCGCCGCUCAUUUUGCUGCGGAGUCUGGACGACUGGCUGUGUUAAGACUGCUGCACUCUCUCCAUGCCCCGAUAGACAAAGAGGACUUUUGCGGGGACAAGCCCAUACGGAUAGCAGAAACAUACGGACACCAGGGCUGCCUCCAGUUCCUUCAGCGGGCGGAGGUGGAAUCCGAGGCCUACCGCAGGAUGGCAGCCCAUAAAGGAAUUUCCACAGAGGACACAGACGAGGAGUGGAAGGAACAGGGAAAGGAAAGCCAACUAACACUGUCAAAUGACACAUUUUGUGGGAAAUAUGCGCAAUCAAACUUGUAUCAAAAAUUGUAAACUCUGAUAGAGCUCCAUUUGAAUUUGCAUUCUGUGCAAGCGGGCAUUUCAGUGUUGUACUGCAUAACUUAUGGUAUUCCAUAUUUGCUGUGACAAUAUUUGUAAGUUUGAAGAGUUUAUUACAGAGUGGAACAAUGAUUACAGACUUGUUAGAUUUAAAAAAAAAAAACAAUCAAAAUAACAUAAAGGCACAAUUCUAAUAGAACAUCAUCAAAAGAACGUCAGCUGGCAUUUUAGACAGAGUAGGCCCGAAUCUGAAAUUCGGUGAUGCCACAAUAUACGUCACACAGAAACUGAUAUUUCAUAUUUUCUUCUCCAGUGUGCGAAGAUAUGAAACCGAUUUCAUUUUUUCUUAACUGACUGGGCCAGGCUGCUUGUAGUCUCACUUUGUAAGGACGGGUACUAUAGUAGAGAGGAGAGAGAGAUGCAGAAUUGAUAUCAGCUGUCAACAAGCGUCGCAGUUUUCUGCGUCAAGUAACUUAAUACUUCCUCGUGCUAUCAUGGAAACUCACUUUCGCGGUGACCUGCA